AUUAGCGACGGAGAAAUGACUCCAUAUUGCCACAUCAGCCCCGAGUCGACUCAACUCACGGUGGAUUAUGACACCCCCACUCCGGCGGACGGCGUUAGCACCGGAACAAGCGGAAUAUUCGCAGAAUGUCGUUCGCUGGGAGACGGCUCCGUCAGGAGACAGUUGGUGCGGUGUGGGUCCCACGGAUAUAAUAUUCGAGAAGGGGAAGGGUUGAGUGCGACGAAGCGCGUCUCCGUUGUCCGUUCCCUUUCCCUUUCCCCUUCUCAGAUAGACUCUUACCAUUCUUUCCUGCUUUCUCCACGCGGAGGUUUCUUUCCUUCUUUCUCCGUCUCAUCCGUUCUUUGUAUGGCAGCCCGAGUGUUAGUCACUGGAGUCCUGGGGAAGCGAUUCGUGAACCGGAUCUGGGCCGCUCGGGAUCCCGCGCCGCCCGCCGUUGCUUCUUCCAGGAAGAGGGGAGUGCACGCGUCGUCGUACGAUAAGAACGAGGACGAGCCGGUGGGACCCACCGCGGUGCCGGAUAAUGUGAUCGACGCCCAGGCGGACAACUACUACUGGGGCCCCCACCCCACCACCGGCGUCUUCGGCCCCGCCACCGAGACUGGCGCGUCCUCCGCAGCCGCCGGCGGUGCGAAGACGGCAGCCGGCCCGUCGGCGUUGGACGAAACCGUGUGGUACCGCCCCCUGGAGGACGUCGACAAGACGCCCCACGCCUGAACGCGGCCUCGGUAGCAUCAGCUAUCACGCAAUAAGCAGCGGGUGUAUGUGUGUGUGUUGAAUGCAUGUAGGAGAACCUGUUUGCCUCUGCUUCGAUCGUCGUUUUGCUUUCCGGUAUGGCGUGCUUUAGCUUUAGCGAUGAUGUAUUAGUAAAUGGCUUGCUGAACUUCGUUAAUGUUUCGUUGCCUUCGCUGCACAAUUUGCUUUCUUUUUCUCUUUCUA